GAAGAAGAAGCAAAAGAAAAGAAGACAACCGAGCGACACAGGUCAAAAGAAUAAAGAAGAAGAAGAAGCAGCACCCAAGGCCAAGGACACGGCCACCUCUCGGCACUCAGGCACACACCGGCGGCCACGGGAUAAACACUAAGCAGCUACAAGGGGACAAGAUGAGUCGCAUCAACAUUGAUGAGCCACGAUGGGACCAGGGCACCUACGAGGGGCGGGCCCAGCACUUCUUUACCAUCACCAACCCACUCAACCUGCUGUGUUCCCCGGAGCAGUUGGAGAGGGCUAAGGACAUAGUCACUAGAUACAAGAAGGGCGAAGAUGUGAACCUAACAGAUGAUGAAAUAUGGAAAGCCAAAAAUAUAUAUGAUUCAGCUUUCCAUCCAGAUACCGGUGAGAAGAUGAUGCUGAUUGGCCGCAUGUCUGCCCAGGUGCCAAUGAACAUGACCAUAACAGGCUGCAUGCUCACCUUCUACAAGACAACUCCAGCAGUGAUUUUUUGGCAGUGGAUUAACCAGUCUUUCAACGCCCUUGUAAACUACACUAACCGCUCUGGGGACUCACCCAUUAGUGUGCAGCAGCUGGGAACCUCAUAUGUGCUUGCCACAGGAGGAGCAUUAGUUACAGCCUUGGGGCUCAACAGUCUAGUCAAGUCCAUGCCUCCUCUGGUUGGCCGAAUGGUGCCCUUCACAGCAGUGGCGGCUGCAAACUGUGUCAACAUUCCCAUGAUGAGAAUGAAAGAGUGGCGUGAAACGGGGGUGAUGCUUCUGGACCAGGAAAACAACACAGUGGGAUACAGUAAGGCAGCAGCCCGCAGAGGAGUCACGAUGGUGGCCCUCUCACGGAUUCUCAUGGCUGUCCCCAGCUGUGUGUUACCGCCUAUUGUAAUGAAUAUACUUGAGAAGCGUGGCACCCUGCGCCGGAUGCCAUGGAUAUCUGCUCCUUUACAAGUGGCACUGUGUGGUGUGUGCCUCACUUUUGCCACCCCAGCAUGCUGUGCUCUUUUCCCUCAGAAGGCAUCUAUUGCUGUGUCCAGUCUGGAGCCUGAAGUGCAGGAGAAGAUCAACAAGCUGCCCAAUCCCCCAGAGGUUGUGUACUACAACAAGGGUCUGUAGGAGUGGUUGUGUUCAAUGGUUGUAAUAUUAGGGUGAUGGUCAAGUGAGUCACCCCAUUUGUAUAUGUGACCUUUGGUUUUGUAUAUAAUUUUAAUGCAUUAACAUUCUUCUGUGAGAUAUAUCUUUGAAAGUUUCAAAUACGCUUAAUAUUUUAUGUCUGCAAAAAAGACAGUGUCAUCAUAGUUUAUUGUACUUAUCUAAUUAGGUUUCUCCUUAAAUGUGUGCAAUAUCUAAAGCAUAAUUUAAAUACAGCAUCGGUAUGUUUUUAUGUGACAGUAACAGUGCAAAGCUAGGACUGACCAUCUGUGUCAUGGUCAUUUAAAGUUGGAAAAUACAAUGUAAAACAACUC